GAUGAACAAGAGCUUCGUGAUGCUGCCCAAGAGGGCGACAUUGUGGGAGUCAAGGAGCUGCUGAAACUUCGACCCAACAUAAACAUCGAUGCCACAGAUAGCCAACAGCAUACUGCACUGUAUCUUGCUGCGGCAGGUGGUCGCACUGAGGUUGUGGCUGUGCUGCUGGCACAUGGUGCCAACACAGAGAGUGCAGACACGGUUGGCAACACGCCUCUUUGGGUCGCUGCCGACAAGGGCCAUGUGAAAAUGGUUGAGCUACUUCUAAGUGAAGGUGCAAGAAAGGACGUGCGGGAUGCAGAAGGGAAGACCCCACUCUUUGUUGCUGCAGAGAAGGGCCAUGCAGAAGUUGUGCAGGUGUUGGUCCAAGCAGGUGCAAAUCUGGAGACGCCCAACAGCAAUGGCGAGACACCACUGUUUGUUGCUGCCAAACAGGGUCAGCGCGCAGCCCUGACGAAGCUCAUCGAGCUGGGUGCAGAUUUCAACGCAGUUAACAGUGCUGGCAUGACGCCCCUGCAUGCAGCAGGUCUCGCUGGUAGGGUGCCAGUGAUAACCACAUUGCUGGAUGCAGGAGCUAAGGUGGAGGCAAGGAACGUUGACGGUGCCACUCCAUUGUAUGUGUCAGCUGAAGAAGGCCAAGCUCGGAUAGUGCAAAUUCUAAUUGAUGCAGAUGCAAGGGUGAAUGUGAGCAACAAGCUGGGACAGUCAGCGCUGUAUGUUGCAGCCGUGAACGGCCAUUCGUCUGUGGUGGCAGCCCUUCUUGACAAUGAUGCUGACACUGAGGCCAGUGACACCAAUGGGGACACACCGCUGAUGGCAGCAUCUCGGUUUGGCCGCACGGCAGUGAUUAGCCAGCUGCUGAAUGCUCAGCCUAGGGCCAACGUCAAUGCUGCCAAUGGAUCAGGGAUUACAGCGCUUCAGUACGCAUCAGGCCAAGGUUUCCAGAAUGCAGCUUCGAUCUUGAUUGAAGCUGGGGCCAACAUCAGGGCGGCUAACUCAGCAUCUGGCGAAACAGGGUUGCACAUGGCAGCGAGGGACGGCCAUGUGGGAGUCAUCAAUGUGCUUCUGGCUGCGUCUGAGCAAUCGAACACAACAGAGGGGGUGCCUCUGCACCUGAUAACAACGACAGAUGGUGAGACGGCAUUGCACAUAGCAACGCGGCACGGCCACGUGCAAGUGAUGCAGCUGCUGAUAGACUAUGAUGAAGGCCUUCGGAAGAGCUCUCUGUCAGAUGAGACAUCGCUAGAUGACGAGACAUCGCAAGAAGAUGAGCAAGAUGACGGGCAAGAUGAUGGAUCCGAACCAGAAGGUCCCAUGCAAGAUGGUGUUGUUGGGCGCAACAUAGACUAUCAGAGCAGAUUUGGGUCCGCCCCACUCCAUGUUGCUGUCGAAGCUCAGCACAGGGCUGCCGUUAAGGUGUUGCUCGACAAUGAUGCGAUUGUGGACAUUGCUGACAAGCGAGGCGACACACCGCUCCACGUUGCCGCCACAAAGCGAGACAGCUGGAUACUGCAGAUGUUGCUGAGUGCUGGGGCAAACGAGAAUGCAAUUGAUGUGAAGGGCCGAACCCCUCUCCAUCUUGCUGUGGCAUAUACUCAUCCGGACAACGUUGGAAAACUGCUUGCAGCUGGGUCAGACGUGGAUGCGGUUGACUUGGAGCAAAUGACUCCUUUGGAUCUCCUGAACACCACCUCAAAAGACCCUGCUGUGUCGGAAAUAACGCUCCUUUUCGAAGCUCAUGAGAUCCAGUUUCCAGACGACCCCGACGCCGCGCAAACCGGAGUGCCGGACCUGGGAAGAGACGGGCUGCCCGCCCUCCCCCCCGGCAAGUCAUCUGACUCCGGCCUGGAGGACAUAUUCCCCAUGGCCGUCACCGUCGUGCCCCUGGUGGCGCUCCUGGUCUUCGUCAUGGUGGCGGUGUUCGUCCUGUCGCGCAAGCGGCAGCGGCGCCUGCAGCAACAUGCCGAACUGCUCACCAAGAGGAUGGGAUCAUCUCCGCUGCCCGGCAAGAAGUGCGCGGCUCCGAGCCCAAAAUUUGACGUGUGCUCGACGUCCCGGGACACGCCGAGCAGCUUCGACGCCCACGCCCUGGCGCCCUUCGCCACCUACGACGUGCCCACGGCCCAGAUCACCGGAGACUCGCUGUUCGAAGGCGACGCCAGCGACUCCUCCUACUGCAGCACCUGCUGCUGGUCCUCGGACGACGAGGGCAAGGGAGGGGCGGAAGGGCCGAACGAAAUCCACGCAGACUUCCCCAAGCGCUGCAGCGUGGGGAGGAGGUGCUCCAAGACUGGCCAGGUGAGGAGGAUGAGCUCGAAGGCGCGGGCGAGUCGGCGGGCGUCGUCAAUCCGUCCCCGGGACUGCCCGCCCUUCGCGGAGUCCAGGCCGCGCAUUCCGGACCCCCGCCGCCAGGGAAGCGGCGCCAUGAUGACGUCACCAUUUGCGGCUGCCAUGAGACCAGAGGAAGUGCCAAGGCAACAUGAGCAAGGGUCGGACUCGGACUCAGAUUCGUCCACUGAGGAGAUUGAGGCUUGUGUGCGGGAGAUGCAGGUAAAGAUAUCCGCCAGGAACGACUCUGAAAAGUCUGAGACUUUUCGGAAUCACUAG